AUGCCUGUAGAAUAUAAACAAUGUCCAGCAAUUCAACUCAUCACAUACAAUCAUGAAGAUGGGGCCAAAACAAUAUUCAAUAAGAGAGAAGAUCUACAGAAUAGCAGUAAGAAGAAUUGCAAGACAAUUGAAGAUAAAGCUAUUAAAGAGUUGAUGAUCAAAACAAGCCAGGUGCAGCAUCCUAUUGCUAAUCUGAGUGAAGACAACAACAGUUCACCUGCCUCAGAGAAGAUAAAGAAAGAUGAUUUUGAGGUUGUAGUAUUCUCUGAUGAGAAUGAUGAGAAGAACAAUGAGACAGAGGAUGAUUGGAUUAUUAAUAUCUAG